CCGGCGCUGAGACGGAGAAGGAGCCCCUCGUAGGAAAUUCCUCGUUAAACUUUCCUUGAGGGGCUUAUGGGUUAAAGAUCGGCGCUGAGGCGUUUAAACUUCCCUUCAGGAAAAGAACAAUGAGUUUGCGGCCGGAGUAGCAGAGCGGGGAGCGGUGCGGAGCCCUCCGGGAGGCUGUGGCCAGGCGGGGAUCGGCCGCUCCUGCCGGGGAACCAGCGGCAGGAGGAGAGGACACAUCAGGGCAGGGUCAGGCAACCAAAUAGCGUCGUGCAGAGCUGGAAUCUGAUAUCUUCUUUGACGGAAGUUUCCUUUUUCAUUUGUGGAGUAUCAGAAGAUGGAGUUUAGAAUUAAACACACGUGGGAUGGUUUGCCUGUGAGCCACGAGCCGGUCACGAUUGUGCUGAGGCCGGAUCAUGCGGGGCUGCUGAUGGAAGUCCGUGCUCCUUUCUUUAAUGCCCCUCCGGCACCACCCGGAGAGCCAGGGAAACCUUUCGGUGGACUGUGGGACUAUGAGGUUGUAGAAGCUUUCUUUCUGAGUGACAGAACUGAGCAGUAUUUAGAAGUUGAGCUUUGUCCCCACGGGCAGUACUUACUGCUGCUGCUUUCUGGCAGAAGAAAAGUAUGGAAAGAGGAACUUCCUUUGGAGUUUGAGGUGACCAGAAUGAAAACCAAGUGGGAGGGUAAAGCUCUUCUUCCUUGGAGUUAUUUUCCACCAUGCACUGACAAGUUCAAUGCCUUUGCAAUCCAUGGUUCGGGAGAAGAGAGAAAAUAUGAAGCGCUUUAUCCUGUGCCUCCACACGAACUGCAGGAGGGACAGGGACCAGAUUUCCAUCGUUUGGAAUUUUUUCAAGACUUGAACCUGAAAGAACUAAUGGGAGAAGACUGGAAGCAGCCUGAAUCAGAUCUGUGGAAAUCUCUCACUAAGGGAAUGCAUUGAGGCAUAAAUUUUAUCAUGUUGGAGUUGGCUGAAGCUGUAUGGAAACAACUUCCUCGUUCUGAGCAGAGGUUGUAGAUACCAGGCUUUCCUUGACACCGAAAUCGUGGAUCUGUCUGAAAAUCCACUGAAAGCACGUGGAUCUGUUGAUUCUAAAUGAUGAAUGGCUUGUGCUUCAAUCCAUCUGGGUGUGGAGUUUUUCAUCUGUGCAAGAGAUCAAUCUGCUGCUACCAGUGAAGGAGGGAAAAUUGCUAAAAUUGCAGCUGUGUUUUGGUGAGAGCUCUGAAGUCUGACAAGGCCAAUACCUGGAUUGAGAUUUUCUGGUUUCUGAUAGUUGCUGCAUUUCUGCUGUAUUUUCACUGCUGCUUGUUUGUUUGUUCACUGCUGAGUGAGAUCCUUAUGUGCCUAGAUGUUUUCCUUACAAUCAGGAGGAAGGGUGCCUCGUUCAGGAACAGAGAAGAAUUGUAGCUAUCAUGGAUUUUGGAGGUUCAGUACUUGCCCUGCAAGAGGUGUAACAAUUUUUACAGCAUUUUCCCGUUUCCCUUGCUUAAUUCUGAAGGGGAAAUUUACUCUGUCUCCCAGAUGUCUGUGUGGAGUGUGUAAUGAUGUUUAAGUGCAGAGGGUAGAUUUAGAAAAGGUUUUAUGUAUUUCAGAUGAAGUUUCUGGGACAAAUCAUGCUUAAUAAAAUCUUUUGGUAUAAUUGUGUGCAUUCAAAAGGGGUUUUUUUCUAAGACUUGUCACAUCACUUUAAGAAUUAAUCUCAGAUGUCUGAGAUUUUUUUUUUUCAUCCCACAGAGGGCUGGAGUUACUCUAGGUAUAUAUUUUCUAUGUAUGGGCAUGAGUCAUUUCAACAACAAGAGUGAAUACUCUUAGGUGGCAACAUCUUAUCUGUAAACCCUCACAAGAUUUACAAGUUAUACGUUCCUCUUUUUUGUCUGGCAUAGCAGUUGCUGCUUGAUUGUGGCUGCUGGUUCAAUCUUAUAUAAAUUAGUUUAGGAAAUGUGGAGCUUGCCCACUAACCAGAUCCUUGCUAGUGUGCAGUAAUAAACACAUUCCAAUGGUCCUAUUUCCUUUGCCAUCUUUCAGCUCAACUCUAACUGUAAGUUCUGCCUGAGAAGCAAAGAAAGUGGGAAUAUCCCACCUUUGUGAAGGACAUCUCAGUGUGGUUAAUAUCUGAGCUAGAAUGUUAGUUCACAGUUUUUCUUUAGAUUCCCUCUUUGUACUUCCAGUUUGAUAGAACUGUGCUUUCAGAUUUGAAGAUAUUAGGCUUUUUCUGUGGCAGACUUUGGCAUGUCCAUUCAGCCAUCCCAUUGCUUUUGCUCUGUUCCAAUUAGACAAUAUAGGUUCCUUGCUGUAAAGUGCCAUCUGUUGAAAAUUGUAAGUAUUGUACAUUCAGUUGUUUGGCUUCUUUUCUACCUUCUAUCCAUAUACAGUUUUCUAAAGUGCGACAUCAGUCUGAAAUCUUGAAUAAUUCAAUAAAUGUUGAUUAAAGUAUUGUCUAGACAUUGAUGUCUCAAAGUUGCUUUGAAAAUUUUAGUCAAAACCUAAAUGGCAUUUUGCAAAACUUUUAGACUUUGUUUUGAAAAGUUUGUCAAAAAAUUGUGUGAAAAGAUUCAAAAUGGGUUUGCUGCUUUUUUUCACAAAGGUUGCUUUCAUAUGAGGAAUGAUAUUUUGUAUGUAAAGGACAGUAAAUAAAAUUUUUUUAUUCAUCUCA